AUGGUUAUAGGAAUGAUUCCCUGCAUUGGUGCCCGUCAUAUGAAAGAAGAAAGCUCGGCGCUUUUUCACCGGAUUCUGAGGAGAUCGUUUCGAGGGCAGCAUCCGCAAGUAUGUUCUUGUAAAGUCAUCCGCCGUCCUAUUCUGGUAGGAUCGGCCUUCCAAUCUCUCCAUCACACACUUUCAAUCCGCGAGUCUCGCCAGCCUCAGCGACAGAUUUUUGAGUGUACAAAUAAUUGGAAUGCAUUUCAGACGAAAUUGACUUCUCCAUUUGUAAAAGUGUCUUCCAGCAGCCGUCGGACAUCGAAAGUGGUUUCACAAUCCUUAGGAGGAUCCUGUAAUCAGGGUCAAUCUCCAUUUUCUCGUACACCUGACUACUUAGCCCCUCGGCAUGGGAGAGGUCCUGUAGAGGGAAGGUGGAGAGAAGAGGGGCAUGUGCAGAGAGAAGGCACAAAAAUGCGUUUUAACCAGACUUCCAUACAGCCCAGCACACCCUGCCCUGCGGCCUGGGCUUCUGCCGCAGACCGCUUUACCCCUUCAAAGAAGUGGGCUAAUUACCAUGCUCAGAGGAAGCACCAGCAGGUACAGAAUCGUCUGGCAACAGACUGGAGAGGCAACUUUCAAGAGACACGUCAACAGCAAAGCAACAACAGGAUAACAACAAACAGUUAUGUUAUUGACGUCGUUACUUUGCCCAAAAUUAACAACUUAUUUACGCCUAUCCCACACCAAGGUACCACAGCUCUUGCGCUUGUCAGCAUGCAUUGGUUUUGUCGUUAUCGUCUAUCUGUUCCGUCUGUCCAGUCUGUCCAGCCCUCUCAUCUUCGUCGCCUUCUCCUCCCACGUCUUUUUCUUAAUCCUCCCUCCCAUCCUCUAGCCUUCAUUUCAUCCUUUCCAGUUCCAGACUCCCUACAGGAAGGCAUUUUUUGGCUGAAGCCUACAAGGGAGUACAAGGCAGGCAUUGGCAUGGAGGUUGCUCAGGGCAAGGACUAG